AUACGUUCAAAAUCUUCACUAAUCAGUCCAGAUCUUUAUUGGUUUCUCUCGCUUUUGAUAGAAAGUGAAUGGCCAGAUAAAGAUGAAUUAUUAGAUGUAAUAUAUUGGGGCAAACAGAUUUUAGCGUUAAUGAUUGGUAUUUCUUGGGGAAUAAUACCCCUGCAUGGACUGCUUGCAAUUGUGCUUUAUAUUGGUAUUUCAACCAUUUUUGGUCAGUUGUACAUUGCCAAUUUUCAGAAGGUUUUUUUUUCGAUAUUUCUUGCAAAAAGUUUCUUUUUUUUAUUGCAAUACUAUUAA